AAACAGAGUGGCACACAACUUAUAAGUUAGUGUACCGACUCAUUCAAUUGGCAUUGGUUUUACCUGUUACAACAGCCACAGUUGAAAGAUCUUUCUCGACGAUGAAGUUUAUCAAGAAUGAUUUGCGCAACAGGAUGGGAGAAGAAUACUUGACAGAUUGUCUGGUGUGUUACAUUGAGAAAGAUGUAUUUGUUAAAAUUGAGAAUGAAGUCAUUAUGAGGCGAUUUCAGAGUAUGGCACCUCGAAGACAAAGAUUGCCGCCUCUCAAUGAUUCUCCUUCAUUUGACACGUCAGGUUCUAUUCAAAAUUAAGUUAUGCACAACUACAAGAAUAUCAAUAAUGUACUCUCAUCGUCCCAACAAAACCCAACGAAACGUGGUCGCAAUGGGAAUAGCUAGGUCGGGAUCACAACACAUGUUGCGGCUGCAAUAUUGUGGUUUCCUUCUGUGGCGCAAUCGUCGCAUCGGACCGCAAUGGAGGCCAGGCAUUCGUCCAAAUCCAC